AACAAACCCAAGGAAUAAACAUACUGCGAGAGGUCCAACCAUGGAGCUCGCCAUGCUAGCCAUCCGCCCUCUCCUCUCGAAGCUGGGGGACCUGCUCGCAGGCGAGUUCACCCUUGAGAAGCGUGUGAGGAAAGGCGUCGAGUCUCUUAGCAAGGAGAUGUUGCUGAUGCAGGCUGCCCUUGGCAAGGUGGCGAAAGUGCCGCCCGAAGAGCUCGAUGAGGGGGUCAAGAUCUGGGCAGGAAUGGUAAGGGACCUGGCCUACCAAAUGGAAGACAUCGUGGAUGUCUUCAUUGUGUGUGUGGAUGAUUUAUCUGCCAACCCAAAGAAUAGAGUGAAGAAGUUGCUUAAGAAGACAGGCAAGUUAUUCAAGAAGGGCAAAGAUCUUCAUCGAAUCUCCGAUGCUCUAGAAGAAGCAGUUACUCAGGCUAAGCAGCUGGCUGAGUUGUGCCAAAGAUGUGAGAGAGCUUGUCGGCAUUGAAGAACCACGAGACGAGUUGAUCAACAAGUUACUUCAAGGUGAUGAUUGGUCAAAGAAUCCGUUGAAGACAGUCUCUGUUGUUGGAUUUGGUGAGUU